GAUUACUUUUCUUAAAUAUAUUGUAUUGAAAAUAUAGUUUGACCUUGUGAUCAUAUGUCAUUGACUUCUGAAAUUAAUAAACAAAAAUGUCAGAAGAAUCAAAGCCCAGUCCCCUCCUCUCUUUCUAUGAGAACUUUCUCCUCAGUGGGGCUGCUGCCAUCAUCUCAAAGACUGCAGCUGCCCCCAUCGAAAGAGUGAAGCUGUUGGUUCAGAACCAGGGUGAGAUGAUCAAGAUGGGUAGAUUGGACAGGCCUUACAAUGGUGUCAUUGACUGCACUGUUAGAACAUUUAAAACUGAAGGAAUCCUUCCAUUCUGGAGAGGUAACUUAGCCAACUGCAUCAGAUACUUUCCAACUCAGGCAUUGAACUUUGCUUUCAAGGACAAGAUCAAGGCCCUCUUUGUAAUGAACAAGAAGGACCCAUACAUGGUGAACUUCAGCAAGAAUGUUGCAUCAGGAGGUGUUGCUGGUGCCAUGUCACUUGUCUUUGUCUACUCCCUUGACUACUGCAGAACCAGGCUUGCCAACGAUGCUAAGGCAAGCAAGAAAGGCGGUGGUGAUCGUCAGUUCAAUGGCAUGGUUGAUGUCUACCGUAAGACCAUUGCUUCAGACGGUGUUGUUGGUCUGUACAGAGGCUUUGUGAUAUCCUGUGUUGGUAUCAUCGUGUAUCGUGGUUGUUACUUUGGUUUCUAUGAUACUCUCAAACCCAUUGUACUUGGAGAUAAUGCUGGACUCAUGAUAUCAUUCGCUCUUGGAUACAUUGUGACAAUCACCUCUGGUUUGAUAUCCUACCCCAUUGACACCAUAAGACGACGCAUGAUGAUGACCAGCGGUGAGGCAGUCAAGUACAAGGGCUCAAUUGACUGUGCUGUCAAGGUCGUCAAGUCAGAAGGGUUCAUGUCACUCAUGAAAGGAGCCGGUGCAAACAUCUUGAGAGGAGUGGCUGGUGCUGGUGUCUUGGCCGGAUUCGAUAAAUUCAAAGCCCUGUACGUCAAAUGGAGGGUCGGCUAAGUAUCUGACAUGGCUACCAAAGAUAUUAAAUAAGAUGAAGAAGUUAACAAAUAACAUUUGUUAUGAUUAUUAUUAGUUGAUGAUGAUGACGUGAAGAUGAUGCUGAUCGUUAACGAUACUAUGAAUUAGAUGAAUGUGAUGUUAUUUUCGUUUGACUCAAUGAUAAAUAAAUAUAGGGAAGUUAAUGUUAUCAAUGUCGUUGUUCUUGUGUAUGUUUAAAAAUUAUUUAUUAGAUGAUUUUUCGGACUAAGAUGAUUUCUAAUCCUAAACUAGGGAGCAAACAUUUUUUUUAUUAGAAGUAAGAUUAGAUUUGAAGGUAAAAUGUUUAUUAAUAUUAAAGUUGGAGCGUUUAUUUUCUUUUCUCUCGUAGGUAUUUUCAUUUCCGUAUCUAAAUUUUGUCCUGACUUUAAAAAUAUUUAUACCUUGAUAAUAUUCAGCUUUUCUGCAUUGUUAUACACAUUCAUUCGUCUAGUGUUGUGUGGUUAGUUAGUGAAGUGAGUAGGAACUUAAUAAAUCUUAUUCCAAUUCAAUUAUGGGGUAAUUUCUGUUGUAUAUUCUGAAGUAGCUCUUGAGAAGUUUGUACGCUAUCGGUUUCUGUCUGCUUUUUGUGUAACUGGUUAGAUAUUUUUUAGUUUUAUUUACGAAUUCGUCGUCGAAUAGCCGUCAAAAGUCGUUUU